AUGGACCCGCCGACAUUUGUUUCUGGUGGUGAAUCAGCCAAGCAUGAUAAUCAGUUCAGCAGCCUCGAAGACUACUUUGGUCGAUCAGGAUGGUGGCUGGAAGGUGCGCAGGCUCUCGGUUCCUUCUUUGAUCAGGACGUGCCUAUUGCCGACACGUUUGACCAGCGACUGGACGACCUCUUGGAAAGGCUUGAGCCCUUGAAAGUGGUCGAAGAGUCUCAAGUAUCAAGGAACGACGAAAAAAGCAUUGAACCGUCUGACAUGACUGCGAACUCUGUCACUCUCCAACUUGAGCAAGAUCCUUGCCCCGGAGAACGUAACGAACAAGGCGACAAGACACACAACGAUGUCGAACCUCAAAUCCAUGGAGCACAAAAGUCUCAGGUGUCUGAAAACCAGCCAGAGGCAGCGACCGACCUCGAGUCCCGCCACGAAGGUUCAGAGACUUUGCAAUUUGAAACCCGAGUGCCAGCCCAGCUCGAUCAGCUAACGCAAGAGCAGACAACAUCACAGCCAAGUGGAGACAAGGUUUCACAAACUGUGGCUUCAGGCGACACCUUGUUGACCUCACCAGAUCCGUUUGUGAUUACCCAGCCCCGCGAAAGCUUAGCGUCGGUCUCCAAUGACGUUUCUAAGAGUCUUUCGCCGUCAACUCAAGACCGCGAUAUCGCGAAUCGAGCUGUGCUCGCGGGAACCAGUGGCGACCGCGAAGUCACCAUCCCUUCGUCCCCUGUGUUCGGAACCACAGCCACGAGUACUCGACAGACGAGUCACAAUUCGAGUACACGUGGAACAUCUGUAGUCUCAGACAUAACAUCGAGCUUCGGCCCAUCGUCACAGAAGCAGCCAGGUAUCCAGAUAGACACACGCCUUUUGUUAGAGACAUCCAAUCGUGGUUCUCUGAUCAACCACACUACUGGGCACAGAGCUACCUCUCCCGUGAUAGUAGACGAUAGUCACGAGUCUGAGAUCGAUUCGGCAGCUCCAAUUCUAAUCGUCCAGGACAUACCCAGCAACGACCUUGACGACAACUCUAAACACUCUGCGAUAGACUCAGAGGCAGAUCCAACAGGGAUCCAAGCAAUCAAGGAUGAACUUUCUGAUCAGCAUGGCCUUGCUAGCAUUGAUGACAUACCCUCCCACCAGCCUUCUGACGAACCCGGACAAUCUUCGACAAGCCUCGAGACCGACCCAACGGGGCUGCAGGCAAUCAAGGAUGAACUAUCGGAUCAGUAUGGGCUCAUCACCAGUCCCGACUCACGCAUAAUUUCUCUCGAAGACGACGUCACCGUGCUGCACAAUCCUUCCUCUGCCCCUGUCUCGUUUUUUCCACCAAACUCCUAUUCGCCUCUUCUUAAUGAUCAUAGUCUCGAAGCUAUCGAGACUCAGGUUCAACCAACCUAUGAAUCACCGACGAACGUAGCUGAUGAGCCACUUCAGGACACGCUGGGGGUCCAGAAUCUCCCAGCAGAGCCCACAGCUCUUGAUUCGGCUCCCAAUCAUCAGCAGUUUGUGUCUCACGGAUUCUUGACUGAAGCUCAAAUGAUCAAGAUACUUGCAGACACGCCGUCACCACCACCAUUUUCACCAUUGACUCCGCCCCUCGGCUUUUUCAACGCGAUCGGGGUUGGUCAGGACACCAUUGGCGGAGCCGAGCCAGAAGAACAUAAGAGCAGCAGAAUAAUCACAGUGCCUUCGACGCUUAAACUGCCGUUCGUUAAGCUCACCGCGGUUACACAUAAGAAGAAACACGGGGUUGAAUCAGGCGGUACCGUUUUGAAGGCGGUCAGAGACACUCAUACUGAGCUAGCAAAAGAGCUGACUCAACAUCCGGAAGACAAUAUGCCAGCUAUCGCCACAGCCGUUCACAAGGGCAAACGUAAACAGGAGAAAUCACAUGAGGACGAGCCAACCCAUAAGAGACGCGUCUCUCCCAUACCAGAGGCCGAAGAUCCAACAACUGAAUCGAUUCAUGACUUGGGAGCAAAGACAGCUCAGGGCAGAUCGAAGAUACCGGUACAGAAAGGCAGAAGCAAGAUCACAACCAGAUCGACCCAUCGCGAUUCUCCAGACGACCUCGCUUUAGCAUCGCCAGACGAGCUUGCUCAUCUCCCUACAUCGAAUCCAUUCGUUUUGCAAAAAGGGCCUUUUUUGCUGGCAAAGCCAAAGGUCAACAGAGCAACACCGAGACGUUCGCGUGCCAAAAAUCCAAGCAAAGAUCCUACUACGACUACCACAACCGCUACUGCUCCAAAGACUACGAGAAAAGGACGUGGUAACAUGGAGUUGGCCGGGCUACUCGAGUCCUCACCACCUCGCAAGGCUGCAGAGAAGGCCAAGGUUGAUGUUGGUGGACGACUCCGUAGUCAUCAAUCUGAUACCUCAGAACCUGCUUCGAUCUUGACUUCUACACCUGCCUCAGCUCUCCCCGCAUCCGCACCUCAACCUGAAUCUAUCAUACAGACUGCAGACGUUCCCGAGGAAAAGACCACGGCUACUACAGCAACAGAAGCCCCACCGCCCAAGAGGCAGAGACUCACAGGCGCCAACCCCCUCGGCGCUCAAGAACUAAGCAAUCUAGGCACUAUCAUUGAAACAAGAACCAGGACCAGAAACGCUACAGCUGAGCUACUCAACGAUUUUCUCACCAAAGCUACUGCUAAGCGAGUGAGGAAGCCUGCCCAAAAGCCAGCCGCUGUGAGUAGUCCCUUCAACUUAACGUCAAAGUCAAAGGGUACUCCCGCUGCAGGCAGGAAGAAGGCCCCUACAAAAAGAAAGGCGCCAGAGUGA